AUGCUGCCGCUGCUGCUGCCGCCGCUGCUAUGGGCGGGGUCCCUGGCUCAGGAUCCGAGAUUCCAGCUGCACGUGCCGCGGGCCGUGUCGGUGCAGGAGGGCUUGUGUGUCCGCGUGCCCUGCUCCUUCUACUAUCCCAGGGAAGACUGGAAAGACUCUGACCAAGCUCACGGCUACUGGUUCCGGGAAGGGGCCGAGGUAUCCAUGGAUGCCCCCGUGGCCACAAACAAAUUAGAUCGUGAAGUUCAGAAGGAGAGCCAGGGCCGAUUCCACCUCCUCGGGGACCCCAGGAACAAAAACUGCUCCCUGGAGAUCAGAGACGCCAGGAAGAGCGACAGAGGUUCCUACUUCUUUCGUGUGGAAAGAGGAACUAUGAAAUGGAGCUACAGGUCUGAAUGGUUCGUCUUGAAUGUGACAGCCCUCACCCACCAGCCCCAUGUCCUCAGCCCGGGGGCCCUGGAGCCCGGCCGCCCAGGGAACCUGACCUGCUCUGUGCCCUGGGCCUGUGAUCGGGCCAUGCCCCCCAUCUUCUCCUGGAUGUCAGCUGCCCCAAGCUCCCUGGGCCCCAGGACCCCCUUUUCGUCAGUGCUCACCCUCAUCCCACGGCCCCAGGACCACGGCACCAGGCUCACAUGUCAGGUGAAGCUGCCCACAAGCGGGGCGAUGGUGGAGCGGACCAUCCUGCUCAAUGUCACCUGUGCUUCACAGAACCGAAGCAAUAUCUGCGCAGGGGAUGGCACAGGGGAAUCAGGGACAGGGGCAGGAGUGACUGAGGGGGCCAUCGUGGGAGCUGGCGUCACCAUGCUGCUUGUUCUCUGCUUCGGCCUCAUCUUCUUCGCAGUGAAGAUCUACAGGAAGAAGGUAGCCAAGACCGCAGUGGACAUGGAGGACAUCUACUCUGCCGCAGAGCCAGUUUCCCUGGAUCACCAGCAGGAGUCCAAGUCAGAGGAAUCUUCUGACCCCAGAAGUUAUGCAGGGGCCACCCCCUCUUUGGAGCUGGAGCAGGAGUUGCAUUAUUCCUCCAUCAUCUUCCGUGGGGAGAAGCCUCGGGAGAGCCCUCACUCGGAAUAUGCAGAGAUCAGGAUCAAGUGA